AUCAUAAACCAGGUAAAUUCAAGGUUAUUUAGCGAUCAAAACGCAUUUAGGUACUAUUGGAUAUAACUAUCUAUCUUUAGAAGUGCCUCUAAUGGGGCCAAGUACUUGAAAGUACGGAGAAAAGCGUGAGAUCUCAUACCACAAACGAGCACCCCCUUCGUAGCUCAUAGUCCUCCUUGAUGGAGCUGAUGAGCAAAAGCACCAUUAUAAAGGAAAUUUUAUAAUGUGAAAUUUCAACUUUACCUAGCUGAACUCUAGCUUCUUGCCUUCUAAUAAACAUUCCUCAGAACCUGUAGAAUCUGUAGCUAUCAAUCCCGUUGCAGAUAUCACCCGGGCUGAGCCGAUGCACGUAGAUAACAAUCUACGAUGUAAAGGCCAAGGGAAAUGGCUACGCACGACAUAUUCGAUAUAAUUCCCAAUCCACCUGCAAAUCAUUGUAAAUAAUCUACCCAACCGCUCGAGAGUGCGUCGGGUUAUUGUGUAGUGUUUGUUGUCAUAUCUCGAGAAGGAAAUAAAAGUGUUUUAAAAGUGAUAAUGGAUGCGCCCUCGACGAGUGGAACGACGGCGACCAACGCAACACAGAAGCCCAAGAUCGACCCUCUGCAGCUGCUGAAAUGUCUUAGCAUCCUGCUUAAUCUGCGAGGCGGGAUCAAAGGCCUGGACGAUGUGCCGCGGGUCAAAGGGUUGAUGGCUAAGUACUCCAAGAAGCUGGUGAGCAAAUGCAUCUACCUGAACAUCUUGCAAGCAACGGACAUCCCCUUUCUGGACGCGUUCUACGAGGAAGGCGGCUGGGAGCUGGUGGGCGCGUGGCUGCAGGAGGCGGUCGGCUCGAGGAAUUGGCCGCUGGCUGGGCAGGUGCUGACGCUGCUCGACACCUCGCCGAUGACGGUCACGAGGCUCAAGAGGACCACCACGCCCAAGCUGGUCAAGGAGCUGUCUAGGGAGUGCCCUAGCGAAGAUGUACAAAACACGGCCAAGCAGUUGGUGCACAAGUGGAUGGAGGUGGUGCGGCAGGGGGACGGCACCGCGGCCGGCGUGGGGCUCGGCAGCGCCUGCGCCGGGGACGACGACGACGAGAGAGCUGGCAGCGCGGACGCGGCGCCCUUCCAGCAGGAGGAUGUGGCCAUGGUCGACCUGACCUCGCCCGACCCCGAGGACGAGGACAAGGGCGAGUCGGGGCCCUCGCAGACGCCCCAGACCGGCUCCAGGGAGUCGUCGCUGGGCGAGGGCGGCGACGCCAGCUCCUCCCUCGACUGCCAGGACGAGUCGUCCAACGCCUCCACGGAGAGCGACACGACGCCCGCGCCCACCACGCCCAUCCGCAUCACGAUCCGCAGCGGGUCGCAGGUGCUGGCCAAGGUGUCGUCGCAGCGCCUGAGCCAGGACUCCACCGACAGCGACGACAACAAGCCCUUGAGUGUGAUCAAGCAGGAGGUGGAGAAGGCCCGGCAGGCGCGGAAGGCGCUGGAGGCGGAGAAGGCCUCGGCGGGAGCGGCCUCAGCUACCUCAAGCACGCCCGCCGCGGCGCCCACAGCUACCACAACUACCUCGCUCUCCGCCCCAGCCGGUGACGAGGCCGGGGCCGGCAGCACAGCCACUACCUCUUCAGAGACCAAUGAUGUCCAGCCCAACGGUGCCGAGGGCGCCACCGCAGAGGGCGCCGCCGCGUCAGGGACCACGCCCACAGUGCACACCAUCGUGACCUUUACGGGAGGGCUGUCCAGCACUACCUCGCCCGCCGCCGCGCAGCCGACCGCGGCGGCCGAGGAGGCGGGCGGCGAGGCGGGCGGCGAGGCAGCCAGCAAGGAAGCCGACGAGGCCAAGGGAGUGAACGGGGAGGACGAAGGGAAGGGCAGUGACACGGCGAACGGGGAGGGGGAGGAGGACACGGCGAAGGACGGAGGGAAAGAUGUGAAAGUGGACAAUAAAGACAUGAACGGAGCGAGCGCCGAUAGCGACGCUCAGCUCAGCUCAGAGAGUAAAGACGUUGUAGACAGUAAAAGCAAAAGCGAAUCCAAAGAGAAAGACAAAGACAAGGAAAAGAAAAGCAGUCGAGAGAAAGAGAAAGAGCGAGACAGAAAAUCGAAGGACUCGGAGAAGGAUAAAAAGAAAGAAAAGGAGAAAGAGAAAAGUAGAAGUUCCAAAAGCAGCAGCAGCAGCAAAUCGGAGAAGGAAAAGAGUUCGAGAGACAGACACAGAAGUAGCAGUAGCAGUAGUAAAGACAAAGAUAAAGAUAGGAGAGACAAGGACCGUAGUAAAAGCAGCAGCAGCAGUAGAGACAAGAAGAGCAGCAGUAGAGAUAAAGAGAAAGAACGGGAGAGAAGCAGAGAGAAGGAAAAGGAGCGAGAGAAGGAGAGGAAGAACAAGGAGAAGCAGGAGUCGGAGGACAAGGCCACGCUGGAGAAGGUGAAGCCUCACAGCGCCGACGGCCUGGCCAAGAUCCCGAGGAAGCAGGCCAGCUUCUUGGACGCGCUGGGCUCCGCCGACUCGGAGCUCAACGAGGCCAAGAAGCCCUCGGUGAAGACGUACAAGUCGCGGGGCUUCCGCAACACCGGGCUUCUGGACGAGCCCACCAAGCUCCCGGGCGUCGCCGGCAAGAAACCAGCCGGGGCGGAGAAGAAGGGCGUCGUCGGGGGCCUGGCGGGGGGGAGUGCGCUGUCUCCUUCCGGGGGGCUGAAGAGGCCGUCGCCGCUGGACGACCUGCCCUCCUCGCAGCCCGACAAGCGCGUGAGGUCGUCCGUCUCGUCGUCGCCGCUCAACGCCGACAAGCCCGGCGGAGUCAAGCUAAUUUCGCCCAAACGACGUAAGUGGAAGGAAGACGCUCGCCGCUACCUGCGCUGCUUUCAGGGUGUUGCGCAUAGCUCCUUGUUUCUUAGCUGUUCCCCCUUUCUUAUUCACCUUUUCUUUUCUUUCUGUUCUUGCUUUCUUGGAUUCCAAUGUUUGGUCCGUAAUAUCAGUUAUAGAAGUCAUCUUGUAGGGGGUUUAUGGUUAAAAUAUGAAUAGAUAUAUUUUUUACCUUUAUUUUUUUCUUUGACUUUAUUCUCCUCCUUUAUAUAUUUAGUUCCCUUUCCUAUAAUCCGUGAUUCCUUGCUUUAUUUUGUUUUCCUUUUAUUUUUUUUUUACCUUUUUCCACCCUCUUUUUUUUCUCGAAGGUAGUGGCGAGCCAGACAUUAGCCUAACAUGGGACUUCAGGGUAGCUGGAGGUGGUGCUGUUCACAAAACAUGUCGAUUUAAGAGUCAUACCCAUUUUUUCCAUGCUGUCUUGCAAAUAAUGAUAAAUUUAACGUAAAUGGCCAUAUCUAUAAAUUACCUGUCCAUUAGUUAUAUAUAUAAAUGAAUUUUUUUUCAAAAAGAGACUCCCAUCUCCAGCUCCCCAAGGUACCCUGGUCGGGGUAUAGGUGGUUACCUUAGGAACAAAUGUAUGACAGAAGAGCCCAUCCUGUGUUCACAACCAUGCUCGUAUGUGAGCUGUUUGUGAACUGGCAGUUGGAAAAUGUGGAAGGCCUCCCUUUGGCUUGGUGUAUUAUUUGAUAAGUGUCAUUGCAGUUCACAAAAAAUCAAUUUUCUAUUUGUAAGGUAAAGGUGUUGCAAGUGUAAAUGCAUUGUAAGAGGACAUCCAUUUAUGAUAAUCACCCAGGGAUCUUUUAUUUGUUCUUGGAAAAUAUCAUGAGAAAUGAGAUGAACAGUCAUUUCAGACGGGUAGAGUUUGUGCUCAGUAGAGUCAUUCCUUUGAAUGUCGAGAAAUAGUCAUAAAUUGCUAUCGUUUUACCAGUUUCUCUACCUCAUGUUAUGGAACAUAUGUAAACCAGUGUUCGUUUUGUAAGGACAUCAGCAGACCCAGAGUGUAAGAUCUGUAACAAAUUAACAUGAAUAAUUUCAUUGGUGAACAUAUCUUCCACCUGUUCUUAACUCCAACUUGAUAUUUUCAGGUCAUAUUAUACAAAUCUCACAUGACGGUGCCUAUCUUUACAGGAUGUUUUUUUAUCAAUGCUUUCAUUUUGGGUACCAUUGUUUCAAUGAUCAGAUGUGGAAGUUGAGAUAAACCUCCCAACCCCCAUGUACACUCUUGCUCUUAAACGGGUUGAAGUGUUCCUUCUUCCAGUUAUGGCAGCAGUGCAGACACCGGAAAGCGGCGAUCAUCUCCUCUGUAAUGUCCAAAUAAAAAAGUUGACCUUC